AGAGGUCUUCGGGAUCUGGCCGCAGAUGCGCACUGUGGCUGCAGGAGGACGCAGCGAGAGCGCUGAGUGACAUUUGAAUCCGGUGGUGUGUACUAUUAAAUCACAGCAACAGUCAGCGAGCUGGCUUCCAGGGAGGACACAGGACUGUGCAUUUAUUUGUGUUUGCAGGAAAUGGGGUCUGGAUGCUCUUUGGAGGGACUUUACACUGGGAAGUUCGGAUGGAAGCGGCGGGACGUUUGUUUUUAGAUGUGGUAUCAAGCUGCAGCUGACCGCACACUUUAUCUGGCUACUGAUGUGUUCUGUAAGCAGACAGAGGAUUCCUGCGAUUACAUUGGGUUUGGGGCUAAAACAGAACAAGCAGAAGAGAAUCAGUGACUACACCACUGCACUGAGGAAUUAAGGUACAACUACCUCUCCAUCAGUGCAGCUCAGAUGAUGUCAAAUCUAUUUUACAGGGUCAGAGGGCAAAUGACUGUCCCAGAGAGCAUUUGCCUGAAAUGUCUCAUCUUUCGUGAUUUAUCAGACGAUAAACUGAUGGAGACUUUUCACAGUAAUGGAGAACAGGAGCCUCAUAGAAACUAGUGGAUAAAAUGUAGCAAGACUCUUCAGUAUGACAUAAGCAAAGAACCCCCUCCUCCCCAAGCACACACUCACUUUCAGGGAUGGAUCCCAUGAACUUUACAACUGUCAUCGACAAUGGGUUUUUGGAUGAGGCGCCAUCAAGUCGUGUCCUAACUGGCUGUUUUCUCUCGCUGCUCAUCCUCACCACCUUGCUGGGAAACACUCUGGUUUGCGCGGCCGUCACCAAGUUUCGCCAUCUGCGUUCUAAAGUGACCAACUUUUUUGUGAUCUCGCUGGCCGUGUCCGACCUAUUGGUUGCCAUCUUGGUGAUGCCCUGGAAAGCAGUGACGGAGAUCGCCGGAUUCUGGCCGUUUGGCUCUUUCUGCGAUACCUGGGUAGCUUUUGACAUUAUGUGCUCCACGGCCUCAAUUUUGAACCUUUGCGUCAUAAGCCUGGACCGCUAUUGGGCCAUCUCCAGUCCUUUCCGCUAUGAGAGGAAGAUGACACCCACAGUGGCCUAUAUUAUGAUCAGUGUGGCCUGGACGCUGUCUGUCCUCAUUUCCUUCAUUCCAGUGCAGCUCAACUGGCAUAAAGCCCAAACCAAAUCUUACACUGCUCUUACUGGGUCCUCUGUUUCACUGGCAUCAAACGCUACAUCUUACCCAGAGAACUGUGACUCAAGCCUGAAUAGGACCUACGCCAUCUCCACCUCUCUUAUAAGCUUUUACAUCCCUGUGGUCAUCAUGGUGGCCACCUACACACAGAUUUACCGCAUUGCCCACAGACAAAUCAGGAGGAUCUCUGCUCUAGAGCGGGCAGCCGAAAGUGCCAAAAACAGACACGACAGCAUGGGCAGAGGCUCCAGCAUCGCAGACUCGGAGAGCUCCUUCAGGUUGACAUUCAAGAGGGAGACAAAGGUGCUGAAGACGCUGUCAGUGAUAAUGGGGGUGUUUGUGUGUUGCUGGCUCCCAUUUUUCAUCCUCAACUGCAUGGUGCCCUUCUGCGAGCAGUCGAGCGGAGGGGAGGCUUUCCCCUGCAUCAGCCCCACCACGUUUGAUGUGUUCGUGUGGUUCGGCUGGGCUAAUUCCUCCCUAAACCCCAUCAUCUAUGCCUUCAAUGCGGAUUUCCGGAAGGCCUUCUCCAUCCUGCUGGGAUGCCACAGACUGUAUCCAGGAGGCCACGACAUAGAGACGGCCAGUCUAAACAAGAAAUGACUCACAACUCUCUCACAGCACUGACUCAUCCCUUAAUUCUUAAAACAGUCCAAGAGUUCCUGUUGCAGCCAGUCUGAUUGACUUGAAAUGCAAAGACUGCUUUCGUGCGCUAACUCUUAUUUUGACUGAAGGGUACGACGACCCCACAUGCAUCCAUGUUUGCAUUAGGUGAAUGGUCUGCCUUUGCGAUGUCUACCAUAGCGGGCUUGCUGUGCUCGCCAUUGUCUCUACACUGUCUUCAGAUGGGAGAAGCUCCUGAUAGAGGAGAGAGGAUUUGGGAUUGAGAUUAAAAUCCGCCGCUGUUGCACCAGGGAUCUGGGAGAGCAGCGGUGCUGACAAGCUCUUGGGAUAGAUAAUCCCAUGACUGGGCAGCACACACCCUAAUGAUGUCAGACACUGCUCUCUUCUAUAUCAUCAAACACACACACACAAACAAACACUGUCAAAACAUGCUCCCCGAAAUAUCAUGUAGCACCCAGCAUGCACACUACAACAACAAAUUCCAUGACAGCACACAGAAACACUGUUAGUCUUUACACUGACAUUUCAGGACCUGCAAAGACUCCAGCAGUAAAGCAUCAAGCCAAAUUAUGUUGAACAUAUGUACAGGUAAAGUACAUCCACAAGUGACUUAAUAUUACAGCUAGAAUGAAAAGUGAAUAAAUUCAAGUGUAAAAGGAAAUCCCUAAGAAGUGGAGACGUAAAAAUGUGAUCUGAAUCCGUAUAGGAUGCAGAGAUGGGGAAAAACAAACCGACUGCCUCGUUACUGGUUGAAAUGUUAUUUAUAAAUCAUCGACAUUUCGAAUCAUUAUAACUUUAAACCAAAUUUACAAACUUGUGACCUCCGAAAUGACACCAGUCAGCGGCAACAUUAAAACCAUUUGCCUAAUAUUGUGUAACACUUUGGGCCCUGUGGGUUGUGAGGUGGGGCAACGGUGGAUUGCAUCCUGGAGAUGCUCAACUAAAGAUCUGCUAAGUUCGGAGGCCAGGUCAGUGCCUCGGGCUCUUCUUGUGUCGAGUCAUCCAUGAGCAGUUUUUGCAGGGUGGAGGGGUGCCUUGACCUGCUGUAUUCAGGGAAUAAGUUGCCACUGGGUUGUGUUUGUUCUGCCGCUAUGUUCAUGUGGGUGGAAUAUGUCAAAGUAACAUCUAGAUAAGUGUUUGAGCCCAAAGUUUCCCUGCAGAGCAUUCCAUUUUUACCAGAUAAAGAAUGUUAUUCAUUUUACCUGUUUGUGGUUUUAAUGUUGUAUCAAAUUGCCUGAUUUUUCCAGUGCUUGAAAGUGUUUUAUUGGCAGAAGACAGUAUUGUACCUGCUAUGGAUGGGAUUAUUAUGGGAUUAUGGGUUCUUUAUGUGAAAACUGAAAUGGGUUGGUGUAAUGUUGUUUUAUGUUCCUGUGAAAUUGAACAGAAAUACAGUGUCAACUGGUGACACACUUCCUUUGUGCAAUACAUUGCAUAGUGAAAGCACAUCUAAAUGACAAUUGUGUCAUUUUUUGUGACCGUUAUUUACCAUGGGUCUUGUUCUCACUGAUUUUGUCACAGUUCUUAUUGGUUUGGAUGCAUUACUGAAUUUCUCUGUGAACUCCAACAAGGCAAUGAACACAAGAUGCCAGACAAUCAGCCAGCCUACAGUUUAGAGCAUUAAAACUACUGCUUUUCUGAGUUAAACCUAACAAGACGGACAAUGCAAAAAAGCAACUUGUAGCACAAGAAAACCGCAUGGCAGGCAACGGGACUCUCGUACAAAAUAUAAGUUAGAAGGAAACAGAGGAACACCAUAAUUUGUAAGAAUUAAUUAAAAACCACACAACUCUAUUGGGAAAUAAAAGUCCACUUAUCAGCUGUUUUACUUCACUUGAAACAUAAAUGAAUUUUGGUGUAAUAAAGAUGUUUUUUAAAAAACUUAUUACAUCACAUCAUUCAAGUUGCUAGUUUGACAUGAAAUGCAUUAGACCACAGUUUAAAUUAUGCUUUAGACUGAUUUUUACAUUUAUUUACUGCUGUACUUAAACUGCAAAUUUAAUAAUAUGUUUUCUAUAUCAAAUGCAUCUUUUCAUUUCCACUAAAGCCCCCCAAAAUAAAAAAUCAGUAAUCGUCAGAAGAAUUUUGCUAAUCAAAGAUGAAUAAACAAGACAAAUCUUAAUUAUUAUUAUCUUUAUUAUUUUAGUGAGGCCAGUAUGUUCCCAUAUAAUGAAGAAAAAAUGGCUCAUGUUUUGGAAAAUUAUCUGUCUGUUCUGGUUUCCUGUCUGGAAAUCUUUCAUCAGUAGCAGAACCCCAGGAAGUAAUGAAAUAGUCCUGCACGUAUUGCAAUGUAAUAUAAACCCUUUUUAUACCGCAAAUCAGAAUUAAUUUUAGAGGUGCUGGUAAAUAUUCUUUUUAGCUUUGGAGAAAGUUAGCAUUUGCCACUGCUUCCAAUCUUUUGCUAAGUGAAUUUUUCUCUUUGUGUAGGCUAAAGCUGACUUAGUUUGCUAAUGAGCUUUAGCUUCUUCUUCUUCUUCUUUUUUUUUUUUGAAAAUUACCUGUAGAAGUAUUAGUAAACUUUGAUUUUAGCUUUGAAAAAAAAAAACUUUAAACAAAGCCAGUUAGCAUUUUUACUGCUUCCAAUCACUGUGCUAAUAAUUCUGUUUCUGCAGGCUUUAGCCACCAUUGCAUUCAACAUUACCUUAAUUUUUCAGGCCCAGGGGUUGUCGCUUGGGUGACAGGCACAAAUUCAUCUGACAGACAUGAGUGGUGUUGACCAUCAAAUCUAAAUCUUGGCAGAAUCAAUCAUGACUGAUAGAUGUUGUGGCCAAAACUGUGAAAAUAAGACCCAGCAAAUAUCAGAGACAUAACAAGAUAAAGAACAUCAUCAUUAAGAUCUACCGCUAAUCUGUUAGCCAGAGUGAGAAUUCAUGACAAGCAAAAGCUGUAAGUGUGUUGUGAGUGAAUAUGCAGGUGUUAUAUUGGUUUUACUACUGUAUACAUGUUAUGUUACAUUCAGAAGUGUAUAAAGCCAUCAGAAGAAACAGCUGUGCAAUGUCUGCUUGUGCAUGUGGAAGCAUCAGUGCACAUGUUUAUAAAUGUAUAUUUGUCCAUUUUCAUGAAAUCCACAGGGUGUGU